CCUGAUAUGAUUCAUUUACUCCUGGAAGCGAGGAAAGGAAAAUUGCAGAAAGAAACGACCAUCAUGAAAGAUUCUUAUGCUGCAACUGAACAAUUCAGUUUAAAUAGGAUGACAAAUAAAAUUCAAAUCAGCAACGAAGAUAUCAUGGGUCAAGCAUUGAUUUUCUUCUUUGGUGGCUACGACACAACUUCAUUUCUCAUGUGUUUCUUAGCUUACGAACUUGCUGUAAAUCCACAUGUACAAGAAAAGUUGAGGCAAGAA